AUGAAUGAAGAAGUUGGAGAGCAUGACAUCAAUGAAGAAUACAAUACUGCUGAAUUGGAUUCAAAUGUAGAAAGUGAUGAGGAUGUAAGGUUGAAAAUGGGCAACUUUCAAAAGUAUAGACAAGAUGAUAUUGACAAGAACUUUAAAUUUGAAUUCGGAAUGGAGUUCUGUUCAUUAAAAGAGUUUAAAAAUGCACUAAUGGAGCAUAAUGUAUUAAAUGGAAAAGAGUUGAAGUUUGUGAAGAAUGAUCUGAAUAGAGUAAAGGCAGUUUGCAAAAACAAUCGUGGCUUUCUUAUUAUGGCUAGCAAUGUAGGAGGGAAGGAAACAUUUAGGGUCAAAACCCUGGUUGGACGACACAGAUGUGGACGAGUUUUUGGAAACAAAAGUGCAAAUGUAAACUGGAUUGCACAAGUAUUAGUAGACAUGUUUGUAAAUGUGGAUAACAUGAAAGUCAACGAAAUCAUUGAUGGCAUUAAGAAGUCGUUCAGUAUUGGAAUAAGUGCUUGGAAAGCUGGAAAGGCCAAGCAAAUUGCUUUGGAUUCUUUGGUUGGUGUGGAGAACAACAAUAUAGUCGUCUAUAUGAUUAUGUUGUGCUUAAGGCACUUGCAUAAGAAUUACAAGAAGAAAUUUGGUGGAGGAGUGCUUAUUAGAGAUCUUAUGAUGGGGUCAGUUAAGGCCACAUUUCAACAAGACUGGGAAAAAAAUGGGUUUGCAACACUUAGAGAAAAAGCAAAGACAUAUCCAGGAGAUGUUAUGCCUAAACCAAGAAAAAGGCUAGAUAGGGAGGUUGAGAAGAGUGGAAAUUGGAUUCCUGUUUGGGCAGGGGCUGCAAAAUUUGAAGUCACUCACGGCUUUACAAUGGACAAAUUUGUAGUUGACCUAAGUAACCAUUCAUGUAGUUGUUACUUUUGGGAUUUGGUAGGAAUACCUUGCAGGCAUGGUAUGGCUGCCAUAAAUUACAAAGUACAAAACCCUAAACAGUAUGUACAUCCUUAUUACAAGAAACAGGCUUAUGAAACUUGUUAUCGCCUUGAAAUUGUUCCAAUCAAUGGACAACAACUAUGGUCGACUUCAGGAUCUCGUGCACUGAUGCCUCCAAUUUACAAAACACCCCUUGGGAGGCCUAAAAAACUAAGAAGAAGGGAGGAUGAUGAAUAUAACACAAGGGACACUUCAAGUGUAGGGCGAUCUGGUAGCAGCAGGGGAACUUCCACUACAGGAGGUUCUGAAGCACAAGCAGCUCCAUCAACGUCACAAG